GUAAAUACGCCCGUUCCCACUCUGUCCUCGGUUAAAUCUUCACUUGCGAUUUGUUCACCUGCACUUGUAAAUAUGACUUCUGUAAGCACGUUCUGUUCGCACAUUGCAGCAUAGAGUAACAAAGCAUAGCUUAGACUUGUUCCUAAAAAAAUAAAAAAAAGAUAAGUGUCAUCUCGUUAGAGAAGUGCCUUCCCAAAGCGUGGCUGCCCCGUUUGUUCCGCUACCCUCAUUCAAGAUGCACUGUCUGCUUUUCUUCGUUUUGUUUUUUUUUGUAAAUCUGCUGCUGCCUGUUAUUUAUUGUGAGAAGGAAAAAAUUUUACCAUUCGGUGAGAUUCUCUCGGGCGUUGCAGACAUAGCCAAUGUGAUUACGCCUAAAAAGGAAAACGCCUCUGUUGAUCCCGUCGCCGCAUCUACCAGCAGGAUCAAUUUGAAAAUAGUUCCAUCCAAAAAGUUGAGCAUCACAAAAAAUGAUUUGAUGUUCCUCAUGUCGGAGAUACGACAAGAAAUUAGAAGACAGAUUAGCAUCCUGGAAGACGAGCUUGAGGAAAAGGAAAGAAUGAGGAAAAGAUCCUCUUCCCUGUGGACAGUUAACCAUUCGGCUGUUUACUCCCCUGAAGAGAGUGUAGACAAUACUCAGGAGAUGGACAGCCUGGAGGAGGAAGAACGAGAAGAAAUCGAAAACAUGCUGGACUCCCUAAACACGCUGGACAAGGAAGACCACAUAACGCCGCAGCAAAAAAGUAAAUCAUACAAUAUACAAUUUGGCGGUGAGGAAGAUGAGGAGGAUGCUCAAAAUGAUACAGCCAAGGGUACACGGUUCAGUCAGAAGACUCUGCGAAAUGGUACUUUUGUUUAG